ACAUGAUGAACAUUGCAAGCAACCCGGUAUUGGAGAAGAAUUCCUCAAUCAAUCACCAUUAUACAGGCACAAGAAAUUCCGUCAAUACAAACCUCAGAGUCCAACGGAAAGAAAUCCACAUAUCCAAAAACAUGAUGAACAUUGCAAGCAACCCGGUAAUGGGGAAGAAUUCCGCAGUCAAUCACCAUUUUACAGACACAAGAAAUUCCGACAACGCAAACCUCAGAGUAAAACAAAUUUAGCAGAGUUUUUAGCAUUUUUAUUUACCUGGAAUGAAUGCAUGUGA